AGUGUAAAAGAAAAAACAAAACCAGCGAUUUAUUAAAUAUUUAAGAAAUAUAUCCUUGCCUAUAGUUUCGUCUGGUAAGAAAUCGAUUGCAGUGAAAUUGCUAAAAUACUAAAAAAGUGCAACUGCUAAACAUACAAAAUAUAUAUUUGUGUAUAUAAUAAUUGCAUUAAUUGUGGCAAUAAUUUUAAAUAAAUAAAUUAACAAAAUAUAAUGGAUUUCAAUUAAAUAUAUAACUUGUCAAAUUUUUCGUCCUAAUGCAUCAUUAAGGGCUGGGGCCGUUUGAAGCGUUUUGUACAAUAUUGUCUCCGAAAUGAUUUUCCGUUGGCAAUUACUGUUAAGCUACUUAAAAUCAAUUCUCAUAUCUACUAACCAGAAGGAGCUGCAGAGUUCUCAGUAAAAACUCAGUAAAAACUCAGUAAAAUCCAACUUACACAUUAGAAAAUUUGAACAUAUUGCAUUGACUGAAAGUAAAUCGUUGUACAUUGCUCUACCUCGCUAAGCCUCCUCUUUUGCUUUUAGAGGAGCUCUGGAAUGUUGGAAUAUCCCCAACGAUUUGCGCGUAAUAUCCCCGAUUCCUCUUCAACGAGUAACGUUCCAGUUUCACAGCAACAUCAUCAUCCACGCCAUCAUCAUCAUCAGCAACAGCAUAACGUUCACAUUAAUAGUGGCGGUGUAGUAGGAUCACACUAUUCUCAUCAAUAUCCUAUUGUACCAGGUUCGCCAGCUCACCAGCAUCGGCAUCAGCAACAACAACAUCAUCGCAAUUUGUCAACAGCAUCCAGUUGCAGUGCCCAACAUAAAAGUGUGACCUUUAGUCAAGUAACAACAUCAAACGGCGGUGGGAAUUGCUUUGGUGGUGAUUAUAGCGGUAGCAGUAGUGGUAAUUCCAGUUGUGGUCAACAAUCAAUGGCGGGCAACAUGAAGCACGGAAAAUCACAAGAAGAUGUUUGCUACGUUGUAGCCAAAUAUGAUUAUGCUGCCCAGGGCGCACAAGAAUUAGAUUUGCGAAAAAAUGAAAGAUAUUUAUUACUCGAUGACUCAAAACAUUGGUGGCGAGUACAGAAUAAUCGAAAUCAAUCUGGUUAUGUUCCCAGUAACUACGUUAAAAAAGAGAAACCUUCGUUAUUCGAUAGCAUAAAGAAAAAGGUGAAAAAGGGUUCUGGUUCUAAGACUUUGCCUAAUUGCUCACCAUCACGACAAAUUGAAAGCCCAACAAUGUCGCGGCGUCUUCCUCCUGAUCCAUCUGAAGCCAUUGGCACAGCAAUCGUCAAAUACAAUUAUCAAGCGCAACAAGCUGAUGAACUUUCGCUCACCAAAGGUACACGAAUUUUAAUACUGGAAAAAUCGAACGAUGGUUGGUGGCGUGGACAAAGUGGAAAUGCAGUCGGUUGGUUUCCAAGUAAUUACACAACAGAGGAUUGUGAUAACGAUGGUGAGAUACAUACGUAUGCUAUGGCAGAAAAUGUACUUGAUAUUGUGGUUGCUUUAUAUAGUUUUUCAUCAAAUAACGAUCAGGAACUUUCAUUUGAAAAAGGUGAUCGCCUCGAAAUCGUUGAUCGUCCAGCCUCAGAUCCAGAUUGGUAUAAAGCACGCAAUAAUCAAGGACAAGUCGGUUUAGUUCCACGCAAUUAUUUACAAGAGUUAAACGAUUAUUUAGCUACUCCAUAUCGUAAUAAUGGUGGUGGCAAUGGCAAUGGUGGGGGUGGAAGUAGUGGGGGUGAUUCAAUCGAUAGACGCAACGAUGGUAUGGCACCACAAUCAUCACCACCUAUGCCGCCAAUGGAACGACCAAAUUUAGCUGGAAAAUCUUGGUAUUAUGGUGCUAUAACACGUAGCCAAUGUGAUACUGUGCUGAAUCAACAUGGUCACGAUGGCGAUUUUCUUAUUCGAGACAGCGAGACUAAUAUGGGUGAUUAUUCGGUUUCUCUUAAAGCACCUGGUCGAAACAAACAUUUUCGCGUCCAUGUCGAAAAUAAUAUGUAUUGUAUCGGGCAACGUAAAUUUCAUACGUUGGAUCAGCUAGUGGAUCACUACCAAAGAGCACCCAUUUACACAAAUAAACAGGGCGAAAAAUUGUAUCUUGUCCGAUCGUUACCAAAGGCAAAUGGCACGUAAGCACCAAAAUGCUUAACUAAAAAAUAAAGUAAAAUAAAAAAUUAAAUUAAAUUAUUAAAUAAAAAAAAAACGCUAAUAUUAU